AUGGAAAAAAAGUUAACAUCAUCCGAUGAUGAAAUCCGUAAAUAUUUCGGUUGGGAAGAUUACACGGUGUUCGGGGGGAUGCUGUUGGUAUCUGCUGGAAUCGGAGUUUAUCACGGAUUUUCAUUUAAAAAAAAAAAAAAUGACGUCGAUUCGGUGGAAAACGGAAGUGCUAAGGAAUUUCUAACGGCGAGCGGUAAAAUGAGUACACUUCCAGUAGCUUUAUCCAUGCUCGCCAGUUUUUUAUCUUCCAUCACCCUCAUGGGUCAACCGGCGGAAGUUUAUUUAUAUGGACCCGGACUUUGGUUAAUCGGAAUCGCAUUUUUACCGAUACUUCCGGUCCUUAUAUUUUUAUGCGUACCUUUUUUCCGUAAUUUAAAUGUCACAUCCGCUUACGAGUAUUUCGGACAAAGAUUUGGAAGACCGUUUCAAUGUUUCGCUUCCGUAUCGUUCACUCUUCAAAUAUUAUUAUUUUUAGCUUUGGUUUUAUACGCUCCAGCAUUGGCUCUUCAUCAAGUCACCGGAAUAAAUACGCUUCUCGUGGUUGUUAUCAUGUAUUUCGUUUGUAUAUUUUACACAACAAUCGGAGGAAUGAAAGCCGUUGCUUGGACGGAUACAUUUCAAAUAAUUGUUCUUUACACUGCUGUUAUUGCUGUCGUCAUUAAAGGAACAUUAGAUCUUGGUGGUUUUGAAAUUGUUUGGAAAAGAAAUUUACAAAAUUCAAGAGGGAUUUUAUUUGAUUUUAAUAUCGAUCCAACGGAAAGAUAUACAUUUUGGUCUUCGUUUGUCGGUGGUGCUUUCCUACAUCUUUCGGUAUUCGGUGCCAAUCAAAUGCAAAUACAAAGAUAUUUAACCGUACCAACAAUGAAAUCCGUAAAAAAUAUGUUGUAUAUAAACGGAGUCGGAUGGACGAUCGUAACAAUAUUAACCGCAUAUUCUGGAAUGCUUAUUUAUGCAAAAUAUUACGAUUGCGAUCCGAUAUCAAACAAAGAUAUAAAAACACCAGAUCAACUAUUUCCGUUUUACGUUAUGGACGUUUUGGGUGAAUAUAAAGGAUUUCCCGGAUUAUUUGUCGCUGGAAUUUUUUCAGCCGGUUUAAGUACCGUAUCAACUGGAGUUAAUUCACUUGCGGCAAUUUGGUUUUCCGAACUCGAAGGUACAAAAUUUAAAAAAAAUCUCGAUCCGAAAAAAGCCGGAUUAGUUGUUAAAGGGAUGGCAUUAUUUUUUGGUUUAUCUUCGUUUGUUUUAGUUUUUCUCGUUCCUUACAUGGGAAAUUUGGUACCCGUAACGAUAUCGCUCUCGAGUUUUUUUUCCGGUUCUUUUUUUGGAAUUUUCGUGUUAGGAAAUUUCGUACCUUUUGCAAAUUCAUGGGGAGCUUUUUCAGGUUUAACUUGCGGCAUAGGUUUUGUCGGUUGGUUGGCAAUCGGCACACAAAUCUCACUCGAAAACGGUUACAAAAUAAACGAUGUUUUACCCACUUCCGUUGAAAAUUGUUAUUCUAACAAUAUAACAUCAUCAAUAUUUUCAGAGAAAAAUGAUAGGGAACCUGCAUUUGCACUCUACAGGUUAUCAUUUCUCUGGUAUUCCCUUCUUGCACUCGUUAUAACAGUAACAGUCGGAGUGAUUGUUAGCGGUUUAACUAAUUUAAGGUAUCGAUCCUUAUUUAAAACAAACAGUUAUCAAGAAGUAAGUAAAAUAGAAAAGGUCGAUGGUGGAAAACCGAAGAAUUUAGGGAUAUACGUGGCUAAAGGGAGAGAAUUGGAUGUGAAAUUAUUAACUUUAAAAUAA